AUGUCAAAUUCUAACAAUAUUGAAAUUGAUGAAUUGGAAAUAAAUAACAAGAGAAAACCAAUCCGAAUAUUAACACCAAAAGAAAUUAGUAAAGCUUUUCGUAUAAUGGCGUCUAGAAAAGCAGAAAGACAAGUUAGAGGAAGAUACAGGAGAAGAUCUUUAACAAGAGUUUUUUGGUUUAUAAUGUUCAUGCUUGUAUUCUUAUCGUUAAUGGGUGCUGGAAUUGGUGGAAAGUUAGAAAACGUAAGUACUUGGCAAAGGUGGCCAGAAUUCAUGACUUUCACUAUAUUAUUUACUGUAGUGAUGUAUGUUUAUUAUAAGAUAUCAGAAGUAAUUCGAUGGUGUUUUUAUUGGUUAGCAAUUGCAACUAUAUUUCUUUUGAUUAUGAAUCGUGGUUCACUUAUCAAUAAUGUCGGUACAGGAUUUGCGUCAACUGUUGAAACACGAAUUAUAUUAAUUGUUUUAGCAUUUGUUGAAUCAUUGACAUUAUUGACUUGGAUUAUAAUUAGAUUUGUUUAUCCAAAGAUUAUAAAGGAUGCUAAUUGGCUGGACACUAUAUGGUGGUGGAGGGUUAAAAGUGCUGAUAUUAAGGAUCUAGAAGGCACAAAUGUUGGAUGUUUUAGGUAUUUUGCUUGGGAAAGCUAUAGUCUUUUGUUUAGACAUGGUGUUGUCACUUAUGUUGGAGAAGUGGAUGAUGAUGGUCAACCACAUGGAUGUGGUGAAUGGGUUGAUGAUUCGUUUGAUGGUGAAUGUUUAGUAGGUAUUUGGGAACAUGGUGUUCCAAUUGGUCCAUUUCAAUCAAGAGGAUCUGGAACUGGUGACGCAUUUCAUUCAGUUAGAGUGGGCCUUGUUAAAAAAAGGAAUAUACUUUGGGAUGAAUGGCGGUUUUAUCCAAAACCAUAUCAAGCCGGUUUAGAUUAUGUCGUAUCGUCGGUUGAAUGUUCUGUGUCAGGAAAAUAUUUGAAACAACUGCCUCGUGCCACUUUAAUUAAUCCUCCAAAGUCACGCGCUUCUGUUGAAAGCGAUCUUGAAUCUCGUAAAAACACGAUAGAGAAUUGCCUAGAGGAUUUGUUCACCUUUUCUGAUGCAAUGUGUACUGGCUCUGAUGUUGAUGGGUCAUCACAUUCUUCGGUUUUGAUAAGGCUUGAAGAUAAAGGUUUCUUCAAUAUUAUUGGAUAUACUCCUUCAAAUGAAUUAACUUCCAGAGAUGAAAUAAUAAUUAGGAAGCCAUUUUCAUCGUCACCAAUAAAUCAACAUGCAUCUCACAAUGUCAUACAGGAAUGCAUAAUAUUUAUUCAUGGUUUUAAUUGUCCACCAAAAUUUGCCACGGAAACAUUCGGCCAAUUUCUUGCUUUAGCAGAUUUUCCUAAUUACAUAAAGCCAUUCGUAUUUAGUCCUUCUGGUUCAAAUUCCUUUUGGUAUUGGGAAGCACAAAAACAAGGACUAAUUGAAGAAGUGGUUAAUGACUUUAAAACAUUUUUAUUAGAUCUUCGUGAUUCAGGAUUUUCUGCUGUACACAUAUUAAGUCAUUCGAUGGGAUGUAAACUUUUACUAAAUUAUGUGAAAGCAUUUGAUGAGAUUUUUCAAAUAAGACAUAAAAGAAGUGGUGGCAAUACCUCAAAUACAUUUAAAGAAAAAUCAAUUUCAAUAGAUGUAGAAAGUCAGACAAUAUCUUUAUCAAGUGAUGCUCAACAAACGCCAUCACCAUCAACAAUAACGACAAAAAAGAUGAAAUUAUCAAGUAUCACGUUGUUAAAUCCUGAUACGUCAUUAUCACAAUUCGUCAAUGCUGAUUAUCAACAGAUUUCCAAGUAUUGUAACCAUAUAACUGUUUACACAAAUAGACGAGAUUUUGCGUUACGUGUACGCGAAUUCAUGUCCAAAGAAAAAUCUUUGGGUCGACAUACUAGUAGUGAUUUAUAUUUGGAAGGAAAAUUGUUAAAUAUUGAUUUGAUUGAUACAACCCAAUUGGACGUUAAUAUACACAAGUUAAGACACAAUUUUUUUAAUUUGAAUCGCAUAUUAGUCGAUGAUUUGUGUGACAUUAUUGUGUCAGGUAGAAAAGCUAAUGAACGUAAAAGUAGACUAAAUAUAAAGUUGCAUGGUGUUUCCAAGGAAGGCAUCGUUUAUACUUUCCUAGUUGCACCCAGUUAUGUUAAGAAAGUUAAGAAAUGGUUAAAUGAAUGGUAUAGUAAUCUUCACAGUCGAUACAUUGAUAUCGUUUCUGAUUACGGAGGUAGUGAGUUGUUUGUGUUAGAAGGUGAUAGUCUUCUAUUUAAAAUUUUAUAUGAUCCAAAAACAAAUCUUCUUGAUUUUGGUAAAGAAUUUAGCGGCGGUCAGUUUUUAGCCCUAACAUUCUUAGUUGAAUCUUUUCUAAAGCAGCUGAAAGAUCGCGAAUGUGUUUUUCAUAUUAUAUUUUUUGAUCAACACAAAUGUAUUUGGAAUAAUAAUCCAAAAUUACUUUUGGCAAGAGAAAUUAUAAUUGAUCAUCUAAAAUCAUAUAAGGCAAAUGUUAAUAUUCCAAUAUUUAAAUUUGAUAAUUGGUGGGACGAAGAUUGGAGAGAUUAUAUAAACGACAGACAACCGUUGUUUAUUCUUUGUGAUUCACGUGCAAGUGCUUUUGUUGCCGAUCGUGGAGGAAACAUAAAAAUGAACGCCAAGAUUGAGCAAAUAAUUCAAGUAAUAGUAGAGGUAUGCGAAGCAUCUAUUAAAAUAUUUGACGAAAAGAAUAGUUGGAUGAAAGGAUCCGUUUUAUCUUUUGAAUUUCCGUUAUUGGAUGAUUUAUUAUUAUCAAAAGAAACGGAAAAGAUUUUUCAUGAUGGAGGAAAGAGAAUGGUGCUCGUGAUUCUUUCGCUAGUUGGAGUUUUAAGUACAAGCAAAAGACCCGAAUACAUUCAACUUGCAAGAUUAUUUUUAUUACAUAUUUUCAUCUUGGAUUAUCUUCCAUUAAAGUACAGGGCAGCGCCACCACCACCGCCUUUUGAUGAUGAAUCAGAAGAAAAUAGAUUCAUGAAGGAGUUUUAUAAAUUCUCUGCAAAAGCUUUAUUGAGUGAUGGUUUUAAAGAAAUAACCAAUAGUAUAGCCGAUUUAAGAAGUAAUCUUGGUGACUUUAUCGAUGGUAUAAUAUUUGCAUCUUUAAUAAGAUUACAAAACAAUGGAAAAUUUAGCUUUCCCCGGGAAAUUAAAAAUGAUUUCGAUGUUGCGUGGAGAUUGAUAAUGGAUUUGUGUAUGAUGAAAGGACACGAUUUUUCAAAUGAUGAAAAUCACCUUUUAAAUGAUAAAGAAUAUUUAACGAUAGUGACAUCGAACGCAACAAAUGUUCAUGAACAAACAACAACUUUACUUCCAUUUAAUUUUCCAUUUUUUGAAAAAUAUUUAGGUAAUAUGCAAUUGAAUCUUUCCGAAAAUUCGAGUUUAGAGAUAGAUCAUGGACAUUAUGGAAAUAUUGGAAAUAUACCAUUUCACGAUAUUUAUCAUUGGCAUAAAAAAAGAUUAAUAGAUGCUCCAGAACCUGUUAAAGAUAGUUUAAGAGAUUACCAAAAAUAUGUAAGUUUCAUGAAUAAAUAUGCCUUAUCCUUAAACGGGACUCAAGGUUUUUAUAGUAUAAAAAUAAUCAAAAAAAAUUCGGGAAAAGAGUAUAAACAAUCUAAUAAAGCAAAAGAGUUGAUAGAAGAUAUAAACAAAAAAAAAAUGAUUGAAAAAUUUAAGAUUUCUGAAAAUAUCCUUGAUAAAGUUAUAAAAGAAUCAAAAGGUAUGAUGAAUGAUAAAAUAUUGGAAUCUUUGGAUAAUAUGAUUUUGAAAAAAGAUAAGUUCCAGCACCCUAUUUCAUUAUUACGUGUACAUUUUUAUAAGUUAAAAGUUUUGCUUGAUUUAUGGACAGAAUAUUGUAAAUAUUAUACCAAAAGCCAUCAUAAAAAAGAAUAUUGGUCAAAAUUUCCUGUAAAUAUAUUUCGUCAAAUAUUUUUCAUUGCUCAAAAUUUUACAUUCAUAUUGAGUGAAAAUGAAGAGAGAAAAGAAAGAUUGAUAGAAAUUUUAAAUAGACUUGGAUUACAUGAUUCGGCUCUUAAUGUUAACACAACCGACGCACGAUUUCAAAUGAUUUACGCCGGUCAUUUAAUGGAUCGAAACACAAAUUCAAAAGAUGACAAGAGAGUCCCAAAUUUUAAGCCAGAUGGGUGGCAAUGUGAAGUGUUAGAUGUAAUCGACAGAAAUGAGUCAGCACUGGUAUGUUGUCCCACUUCAUCGGGGAAAACCUUCAUAUCUUUUUAUGCUAUGAAAAAGUGCUUAGAAAUGAUGAUGAUGGUCAGUCUAUUAAUAUAUGUUGCACCUACAAAAACGCUGGUUAAUCAAAUUGCUGCAGAAGUGUACGGACGAUUUACAAAGGAUUACGCUCAUGGUGACCGAAGUGUGUGGGGAAUUUACACCAGAGAUUAUCGACACAACCAUGAUAAAUGCCAGAUUUUAAUUACUGUGCCACAAAUAUUGGAAAUCUUACUUUUAUCACCAUCAAAAUAUGACGGUUGGGUCAAAAGAAUUCGUAGAAUUAUAUUUGAUGAAGUUCACUGUAUUGGUGAAAUGGAUGGCGGCAGUGUUUGGGAACAUCUUUUACUAUUAUCUCAAUGUCCAAUAUUGGCUUUAUCGGCCACAAUUGGAAACCCGAGGGAUUUUAAGAAUUGGAUUGCUAAAGCGCAAGAAAAGCGUGGUUAUAAAAUGCAUUUAAUUAUAACAACAAAGAGAUUUUCAGAUUUAAAACAAUAUGUAUAUAUUCCAAAAUUUCCUAUAAAGCCUUUAACUGAUUACAUAACUAAAUCGGAUAAAUCAUCACAACAAAACAGCAUAUUUCCUAUUCACCCUUUUUUCCAAAUGCCUACCGAGCUUGUUGCAGAAAAUGGGCUUUCCAGGGAUCUAAGGCUUAUUCCAUCACAAUGUAUAGAACUUUGGGAUGCAAUAAAAAAUAGAGUUGGUGAUGAUGUACCUGAUGAUUUGAAGAAAUUGGAUCCUGAUGAAUAUUUUACAAAAAUAGGAUAUAUUGUUAAGGAUGACGCAGAUAGAUAUGAAAAAGAGCUUAAAGAAAUAUUUGAAUCUUGGGCGAAAGAUAAAUCCAAGAAACAACUGAUUAAAAAUAUUGUAUCUGAUCUUAGUAAAUAUAUCAGGGAAAAAUUUAAAGUGUUAGAAGAAACAGCAAAAGCAAAAAUUAUUGUUGAUCAUGAAACAAACAAACAAAGAGAAUGCUCUAUUGAUCCUUAUAGCGAUCUGUUUAUUAAAAAUACCAUUAUUCAAUUAUUGUUUGAAUUGUCGGCACAAGAAAAAUUACCUGCCAUUUUAUUUCAUUUUGAUCGAAGGGGCUGUAAUGAUCUAGCACUUUCUGUUUUAGAUCAAUUAGAACGAGCAGAGAAGUCUAAAAGAGAAAAUGACACUGAAUAUCAAAUUAAAAAGAAAGCCGCUAUUGCACAAAAAAAAGUACUUGAUAAGGCAAACAAAAAGAAUCAUGACAAUCGUUUAUCAUCACAAGAACUUAAAGAUUUAAUUCGAUCAAAAACAAAAAAUAAACCAAUAGGAGAUUUAAUGGGAAAAUUAUUAAGAGCACUAGAAAGAGGCAUAGGAGUUCAUCACAGUGGCCUUUCAAAAAAAUAUCUUCAACUUGUUGAGAUCUUGUUUCGACGCAAACAUUUAAGAGUAGUUAUAGCAACUGGCACACUAGCACUUGGUAUUAAUAUGCCAUGUAGAACAGCAGUAUUCUGCGGAGAUUCUGUAUUUUUGACAGCGCUUCAAUAUCGACAAAUGUCUGGUAGAAGUGGCAGAAGAGGAUUUGAUUCAUUUGGCAAUAUAGUUUUUUAUGCGAUUACCUCAGCAAAAAUUACAAGAUUAUUUAUGUCUGGGUUACCAAAAUUAACUGGCCAUUUUCCAUUAACAACAACCUUAGUUUUGAGAAGUUGUAAUUUGUUGACGCAAGCAAUAGAUAAAAAUUAUGCAGAAAAAGCAAUAUCGGGAUUACUUGGCGAGUCAUUUUUUUGUUUGGGCAAAGAGCAUUUAUCCGAACAGAUUAAACAUCAUUUACGUUUUUCGAUUGAAUAUCUGAUGAGAGAAAGUUUAUUGGAUAAGAAUGGCCAACUUAUUAACUUGGCGGGAAUUGCCACGCAUUUAUAUUAUACAGAACCUAGUAACCUUGCAUUUGCUGUAUUAUUUAAGCAUGGCACAUUUCAUGAAAUAUGUGAAGGUCUUAUAGAAGGUUCGCCUAGCUCUCUUAGCAACAAAGUGAUGAAUGAUCUUAUGCUUGUUAUGGCAUGUUUAUUUAAGAGAAUAAAAUUACGAAAUAUAUCUCAUAAAUAUUAUAAAGAGCAGUUAAGAAAAUAUCCUUCUAAAAUAUUUUUGCCACCAUUACCUGAGAAAAUAAAACGUGUCUUGGAAGAACAUAAUAAUCGUGUUUUAAAUAUUUAUACCGAAUAUGUGGCAACAUUUGCUAAACAAAAAUACUCAGACUUAGGCUUUGACGAUAUGUUGCCAUUAUCAAAACUCAAAACUUCAUCACGUGAAUUUCCAGAAUCAACGAUAACAACUGAUCCUUUAUUUUCUUAUUUGAAAUCUAUUGCAAUUCCAUAUUUUGCCAGAUCACCUUUUAUGGCUAUGUCUGGUUCAAUAGGAGAUAAGUUUUCCAGCAUAUAUGAUCUGUCUAAUCAUAUUCAUAGCAAAAUCUAUAUUGAUUCCUAUAGUAUUCCUUACGUUGAGACUGAUAUAGAAUUAAAUGCAUAUUUGUGUGAUUUUUUUAGUCAUGGGCAACCAGAGACACUUAUAAAUGCAAACGGAAUUAGGCCCGGUGAAGUCUGGCAGAAAGGUACACAAUCAUUUACAAGAGCAACAACUAUGGAGGCUAUUAAAUUUGGAACAAAACUUGCAAUUGGCACACAGAUUUUACUGGAAUAUGCAGAUGAGAUUCUUUCUUUUGAAACAAAACCAGGAACAAACGAUAUAAAUUACUGGCGAAUAUAUGAGAAAACAGGAACUCAAGGAACAGUUAAAGCUGUUAUCAGGGCAGUUCCUGUAGCAGUGCUAAAACCAAUGAUUGGUACAUCUGAAACAGUUUCUAAAACAUUGCUUGGAUUAAUGAUCCAACCAAAAGAUCACAAAUGGAGAGUGCAAGUGUUGUUGAUUUUUUUUGUUGUCAAAUUUUAA